AAUCACAACAGUGAAAUCACAUUGAUGAUGUUAUAGGAUCGUUAAGACCUUGGGAAUGAUGUUCAAACGCGAAUUAACACUAGGCUUAAACUAUUUGUGAUUGGAAUCGUUUUUGCUUCUCGUGGGUCGGAUUUCAAAGAAGUACAACCAACAUCUAUGAUUCAAUUUGCUAUGAAAAGAUGUUUGACGCUUGUGAAUAUGCCGGCAUAACUUGGAUUUGACGUUUGUUCAUUCACAGUAUCUCCGGAUGCUGAGUGCGGUGAGGGAGAGGUAUCUCCGAGAGCCAAUCCACAUUCGUAGAAAACACGAGUAGCCGCGGACCCGUGCGUGACAAUUGCCCUUUCUCAAGGGAAUUUGGAGUACGUCUGUCGGGGCCCGGAUCACGAAAUUCGAUCUAGGCGGAACGGAUUUUGAGAUUUCACUCGUGUUUACUGCUAUUACUUCAACAUGAUAGGUUUUUCGCAAUUCGAAUGGACACUCUGACGACAGUCGUCACGUGAUAACAAAAUGAUGAAUAGAUUCUCUUGAGACGAUUGCGCAAUGAGUUCCAAGCAUGACAGAUCAAGUUCGGUCAGUUGUGCCAAAUUUGAGCCGCAGACUUGGCGAAAGGACAGAUGCAAGCGAUGUUUUAGACUUGAACAUCAGCACGGUGGAACAGACGACAAUUCGGCUGUUCCGAAAGUGGAGAAAGCUAGUUCGAAAGAAGAAGGAGCAGAGGCUCCAAAACCUCAACUAGGCGGUUUCAGCGGUAGGGGGCGCCCGCGGGCGGAGAGUGUUGAUUCCGCAACGACCGCCGAUUCAAAACUGUUGGUGGAUGUUUCUAAAUUGCGGACUAGUACCGACGAGAAAGAGGGGAAUACAAAACAGUCGACUGGCAGCUCGCCGAAUAAGCUACCUGUUGAUCUAGAUAAAUCUAAUGCUAAUGCUAGGCCUACCUCAACAUUGAAGGGUGAUAGUGAAACACGAACUGGGGGAGGGGAGAAAACGGAAAACCUUGCCAGGCCUCUACGUAAUGAUGACAUUCCAGUUUCUUCUUCGCCCUGUAAAGAACCUCAGGCAAACACUAGCGCAAAAAUAGAUACAAGAGGUAGCACGUCUGCAGGAAGCACUGUUGCCAAUGCGAAGCAGACGGUACAAGAUGGUGCUAGGCAACAGGUCCCUGUGGUAACCAGUCCCUCAAAACCGGAGGGCGAAGGAGGUACCACAUCGAUGAGUAGAUCAACUGGUCCACAAAAAUCAUCCGGCAAAGAUGCUUUGAAAUCUGGGAAUACGACGAUUGAUUCAAGUUCUCAAAAGUCUUCAACCGCCGGCGAAAAGCAACUGGAUAGGCCUGCUGAUAAGACGGGUGGAAAAGUAAAAGCUGUUGGGGCAUCGAAACCGGUUGAUCCCGGUACGAAAUCUACUGCUGAUUCUAGUUCAACGUCAGGGAGUGCGAAGGUGGCUGGGAAGUAUGUACAGGACGAUACUGACGUGGACUUGGAUUCUAUACAAAAGAACUUGGAGCGGUAUAGACAGGAGUUGAAUGAGCCCCCUGGCCGGGAGAAGAACCUGGACAGGAUUACGAAGGGUUUGGCUCUGCUGAAGCAGGAACGGACUAGUCCCGAGGCGAGUCCUGGCCCCGCCCGGGCUCUCUCCGCUAGCAAGCGCAGUCCCUCUCCAACUGGAUUGAAAUCCAAACCGAUUUCGGUCAAGACAAAGGACCUAAAGCAAGAGGAUUCGGACUCAACUAGCCCAGAGUCCCCGGGCAAUAUAGGUCUCAGUCUAGACAGUACGAUCAUUAUCGAGAGUACGAAGUUUAAGAAUGGGAAAUUAGGAGAGAAGGGGGCGAAAGUGCCCGCGAAUCCGAGAGCCGGAGUCAAGGAAACGGAUCUGGACGCGGCGUUGGCAACGCAGCAGGCAAAGGAGAGGCUGCAUGCGGAGAGAGAGGCCAAGGGGAAAGGACGCAAGGAAGAUAUUGAUCUGACAUACGUCGGCGACUUGGAGGACGAUCUGUUUGAGUUGGAGGACAAGUGCGAUGCCCUGGAGAAGGAAAACAGGACUUUAAAGCGAGAGCUAUCUGAGACGGAGCUGAAACAAGACGAUUCGCAAAAACGGCUUGAACAUUUGCGCAUGCGCUACGAGCAGGUCGAGGAAAAGAAGGCUCUGCUGGAGGAGGAGAAUCGUCUGUUGAGUGAGCAGAUGUCAUCGUCUGGACCGGGGCGAUUUUCUCCUGAUUCGGAUAGGCCCAGAGAUACGAUUGAGAUGGAGGAUAAACUCAAGGAGACGGAGUUGGUUUGCGAGAUUCUGAAGGAGGAGAAUGAGGAGCUUAGGAACGAGAUUGAGGAGAUGAGGUUGGAAAUGGAGGAGAUGCAUGAUCACUUCCGGGAUGAGGAGGAGGCCAUUGCUUUCCGAGAAUUACAAAAAGAACUCGAAAUCACCGCGAAAAAUUGCCGGAUUUUGCAAUUUAAAUUACGGAAAUCUGAACGAAAGAACGAACAGAUUGAAAAUGAACGACAGGAUUACGAGGAUAAGGUCAGGAAAAUGGAGGCCCAAUUUCAGAGUGCAGACGACAAGUUGCAUAUCCGGGAACUCGAAGAGGAACUGCGAAUGGCAAAAGAGGUUUCUGUACGUCUCCAUGACGAGUUGGAAUUCGUUGAAGACAAGCGCACGAAAUUUGAAGACGAGAACGCGCGGCUGAAUGAGAGGUUGAAGAUGUCGGAUAAUGAACGGGUAACUCUGGAGAACCAGCUCGAGCGAUUGCGCAAUGACAUGGACCGUCUCCGCGCCGACCUGAUCGAGCAAAACGCCGACGCACGGUCAGAUAUCACCAUAACAGGGGGACCAACGAUUAGCAUCACACAACCGGAUGAACUAGGAGACCUACCGGGAGGUCUUCGCCCAAGAGCACCAUCAUUGACGUCGGGCAGCCGGCAGAGCAGUACGGAGCAUGACAUAGCCCAGCUCAUGCGCGAUCUCAGCGACAGCAAGGAACGGGAGUUGGAUAUGAAGGACCAGUUGAGAUUCGCCGAAGAAGAAAUCAAAGUCACCCGAAAAAAGCUACAAGAGCUCGAGGAAGAGAACGAAAGUAUCGUCCUACAAUUACGAAAGAUGUCGUCUGCCAACAGAAAACCAAAACAUUCCCCCGCAUCGGAAACGGAAACCAGCGACUCUGAAGCGGAAAUAGAUCCAAAGAUCCAAAUGGAGCUAGCGGAACAGGAAAUGAACGUUUUGCGACGCAAGAUGGCGGAGGUCGAAAAGCAGAACGAAUCUCUCGGGAAAGAGAUGACGAUCUUGCAGCAGCGUUUGACUGAGAAGGAACGGGAGGUGUUCGAUCUGCUCCAGGGUGAGGGUGGGAAUACGUUAGCACGGCGUACAACAGCCCUGAACCAGGAGAUUGAACAGCUCAAGUGGAAGUUGAUCGAAAAGGAUCGUGAGAUUGAUAGACUUUCUCGGUUGGCGCGGACUACGAAGAAUCCACAAGCAAAGUUGAAGAAGAGUCGGUCUUUAGACUCUGACACGGUUGACUUGAAGCGGCAAUUGGAGUUGGUGUCCAGGGAGGCGGCGGUGCUUCAGGAAAAGCUCCGCCAGUUGGAGGACGAAAAUGAGAAAUUGACAUCGGAUAACAACAAAUUGCUGCUGAUUGCUAAGAAGCGCGUUCCUCUGAUGACGGUGGAUGACCCCAGGGUCGAGAACUGCGUCCUGAAAGACAAGAUGGAAUACCUGCAGAUGGAAAACGCGAGAUUGAAGGACAAUCUGAAGAACGCGCAGGGAUCUAGUAACGGAGGUGAUUCGGCGGAAGCAGUGCCUUUGGAAGAUCGGAAAGCGGAGGAAUCCCAGGCCAAAGAGAAGUUGCGUUCUGCGCAGGAAGAGAUUGCUCUCCUGCGUAAACGCGUCACGGAGGCGGAGAAAGAGCAUAGCACAUUUUUGGAUAAGAUUCGGAAACGACGAGAGAAGGCCAAGAAUCUGCAUAAUCUUGAUAUGAAUGAGCUGAAGGACGAGAUCGAGGAGUUGGAUGAUGAAAUUAGCGAGCUCCGUCAGAUCGUCAAGGCCAAGGACGACGCUAACAACAGAAUGGAGCGUGACCUUGAAGAUGCCAAGGAAAAGUGCGAUGACCUGGAACUCAAGUUUAAAAAGAAGGAGAAGAAUCUUCUCGAAGAGAUUAUGAUGUUGGACCAGAAAAACGACAUCUUGAGCAACCUUCUCGAAGCGGCGCGGACACCAUCAGAUGCGGAAAGUUCCUCUAGUGUAACCAGCUUCUUUGCCUCGGAAAGGAGAAGCACCAUCGAUCGUAGCCCCAGCAUUCCCAGUGACGUCAGUGUCGGGAGCGAUGACGUAUUCAACGCAGAAAUGGACGCCAAAAGUCGGGAGGAAGCUGAGAUACAGCGCAAGUUCAAGAUGCGGAUAAACUACCUUGAGAAGCUCCUAGAGGAAGAGAGAAGCAAGGCUGAUCUCACGCCUCCGGUCUCACCGGCCGCCACCAGCACCCCGACAGAUGACCUUGCAAAGGAGAAGGAAGUACUCCAGAAGGAGCUCAACUCGUGCAGACGGCAGCUCACAGAUGCCAACAAACAGGUUCAGCACCUCAACGAACGCUUAUCACGUGUUCAACUUACCCACGAGUCAAUCAGGGGUGAUUUUGAAUCAGUCACGCAAGAGCUUGAAUACGAACGCCAUCGCCGAAAGGAGCUGGACAAAGUCAAAAUGGCUGAAGAUGUUGUGCAGAAGAAGGAACGCGAAGAGUUAUUGAAACGACUCGAGACCUACAAGAAGAAGACUGAGGAUCUGUAUGGAGAGCUGCGGAAGCUGCAGUCCAAUAUGGAGCGCCAUCGCGGAGAGCUGCAAGCAGACGAGAAGUCACGUGAGGAAUUCCAGCGGCAGAUCGAACUCGGGCGAGAAGAGACAGCGCAUUACAAACAACAGACUGACGAACUCAAGACAAAGUUGCACGAGGCGGCCCAAUCCGUCUCCUCAAAAGACUACGGAUGGCAGCGCCAGAAAUCAGAGCUAGAAAUGAAAGUCAAAUCAGUGGAAGACCAACUUUUCACGAAGGAUGACAUCAUUGGGCGGAAGGUUGAACUCCUUGAGCAGAAAGAACUGAUAAUAAGACAGAAAGACUCGACCAUCUCUGCCAAGGAUGAGACCAUUACCCAGAAGGACCAGCUGUUGAGGCAGAAGGAAGACAUUAUUAGGAAGUAUGAAGGCUCGACGAAACAACGCGAGAAUGAGAUGCAGAAGCUACGAGAUCAGGUCUCGCAACGAGAUUCCUCCAUCAAGCAACAGGAGGACAGAAUCAGACAAUAUGGCGACCUGAUGCGGCAAAGGGACGAUCGUCUGCGCGAAAAGGACGACAUACUCCACACACUUAAUCUCAAACUUCAAAACAAGGAGAAGGAAUUAUCCGACAAAGAACAGAGCUUGAAAUCCAUGAAUGAAAAAAUUAACGAAAAGGAACAGGAUAUAAAACGGCUGCAGACGCGUGUGAUUGAAAAGCGGCGCGUGACCUUUGGGGAUGAUCUAAAACAACAACAAAUUGACCUUGAGCAUAAAGUGGAUGUAUUGACCGCUGAACGUGAUCGUGCUGUGUCAGAGUCUAAAGCUAUGAGGGAUCAGCGUGGCGCGCAGGAAAGAGAGAUGAAGAGGAUACAAAUGGAAGCCCAGCAGCUGCGAGAUAAGCUGAGAAUUCAUGAGAUUUCGAGAACUUUUGGUGAUUCUAAAGCCGUCCGAACUCUCGUCGACGAGAAAGAAAAGUUACUCAAAGAGAAGUCUCGUCUGCAAAUGGAGAUCCAAGCGAUGACGUCACACCGGGGGAUGGACAAGGAUAAACUGGAGACCAUAUUGCAGGAGAAGGAGAACCUUCUGCAUGAAACCAAAGAUCUGAAUGACCGGCUACAGAUGGAAAUUAGGAUGCUGAAUACAAAGCUUGAAGACACCAAGCUUGCACUGACAGACGCCAACGACCGAGAAGAUCACCUUAGCAACCAAAUCAGCAAAAUGGAACAAAAUGCAAAAGUCGAGAGGGAAAGUCUCGAGAAACGGCUCUCGCGAGACGAGAAACUCUACGAAAUCGAGGCUACGGCCAUGCGGGCCAAUCACAACAGUAGAAUAAACUCACUGCAGACAGAAAUCAAUCGGCUACAGUCAUAUGUCAAUCAACUGACAUCAUCAGACCAAUUGAAGCAUUCGUUAAUUGAUGAAUUAGAAACGAGUCUGUUGAUUGUUCGGAAGAAGUAUAACGACGACUGUGAGGACUGGGAGCUUGAGAAAAGUGACUUGCUUCGGAAGUUGAAACAGGUCGACCACCGACGGAAGGACAUACAGGGCCACCUCAAGCAGAUCGAGGAGCUGAAGUGCUCUAUCACGGAGGCAGAAGGGCGAUAUAAUGAUCUCAGGAACAACUAUACUGCUGAUAAAAACAAGUGGGAAAAUGAGAAGCUGGAGCUGCAAGCUAAAAUCAACCAGCUUGAAGAACUCAUGAAGAUACCCAAGGAACAGCCAAACAAGUUCAAAGAACUCAAACAAAAGCUCCAGAAACACACACGCCAAGAACUCCAGAUGGAAAAGGAAAGAGCCGAGCACAAACGUCUUUUAUCGGAAGCUCAGGAACUAGCCAACAACCUCCAAGAACAGUUACGGAUCUCGGAGACGAAGCGGUCCAAUGAGAAGCGGGAUCUCAUCAUGAAACAUUCGCAGAGGCAGUUGGAUUGGGAGUCAGAGAGGGAAGACCUUGAGAUCAGAGUGACAGAGCUUGAAACCCGUGCUCGGCAGUUCGCCUUUCUCAAUGCCAAGUACCUGGAGCUGGAGCGGAAGUACCGCAUCGACCAGGAGGGAUGGCGACACGAGAAGAAUACGCUCCUAGCAUACAUGGAACAAACUAAAGAGCAGUUGGUUACGGAGAGAGCGAAGUUGGACGAGGUUGUAUGUGAGAUCAAGAAAGUCCGAGAUUUGGCUCCGGUUGUUGAAGAGAUGCAAAAGGAGGAAGAGAAAGUGAAAGAAUCGGUGGAAACAGAAAAGAUUUAUGAUGAAAAGAAAGAGGAGAUUCGAAGCAUUAUGAAGGGCAAGGCCAUAUCACGCGAGAAACCGCGAGAUCCUGAGAAGGAGAGCUUCCAGUUGAAGAAGACGCUGGAUGAGCGAUUCCUUUCCCAAGUGGUUAAGGCACUCUCUCAGCUUCUCCAGCUCUCCGAAGGGAUCACAACAUAUCACGAAAAAAUACAGAAGACGCCGAUAGAACCGCCACCUUUGAGAAGACGCCUUGUGCCAUCAGUAAAACCGAAACUAGCACCAUCCACAGACAGCACGGAUUCGUUUGGAAUAGUUGCCGGUUUCCCCCUACACAGGAACCCCUCGUUUGAGACCACCUCCCUCAAAAUCACUGGGUCGUCUGGUAGUUUUGAGUACGACCUCACAGGCCCCCCAUACUACGGCCUCACGCAGCCCGCCGCAAGGCCCUUUGCGCACAUGUACCUCAGCGGAACACAGAGUGCGCACGGGUCAAGGUCAGCUACUCCGGAGAGGUCAGGGCGGCGCGGAGUUUCAAGUUCCCCCGUCCGGAAAAUCACGAACUAUCCCGAGCCCCCGCCGAGUUUUAUCAUCACGCCUACACAUAGUCGGACUAGUAGUAUUGAGUCAGACGUCGGGACAAUCCCUGUUGGGUAUAACCGCCGGGUUGGGUCAUUCGAGAGUUCACUCUCUGGAGUCCCUAAACCUGUCCUUCUACCCGCGUUUGGUUCCCACAGAAGCCGUCCUGCGUUAAAAAAAUGUUACUCCCUGGACACACCGGGGGAUCAAAAUCAAAUAUGGCGGACGCCGGAGUUAUCCCGGGCGGGGUCUACAGAUUCUACGGACUACAGGCAGAAUUAUUCCCAAGGGAGUGGGAUGAGUUUGGACAGGCAGGACUCCGGUGUGUCCAGUGAUAGUGCCAUGCGGGGACGGUCAGUUAGUACCGAAAGGCUCGCUGUUGAUAACGCCAGGAAAAGGUUCUUCCAGAGUAAUGGCGCCCCGGAGCCGAUUCAGGAAGUCGCCCACGAGUCCAAGCGGGACUCUGGGUUCAUGUCGUGGCCUGAGCGGAAGAAACAUGAAGUAUUGCAGCCAGAAUCUGUGAAUAAAGAACAUCGUGUGGAAUCAAAGGAAAGAUCUGAAGCGAAAGAACCUGAGAAGAAGCCCGAGGAUAAAUCUAAAGAAAAGGACAAAGACAAAAGUUUAGUUUCAAAAGGAUCAUUCAGGGCGAGAUUUUCUAGGACUCCGAAAUCACCGAAAACGAAACGGGCAGAGAAAUCUAAGAGCGAUAAGGAUUUGAGUAAGAGUGCCGAUUCCAAAAAAGUUGAGGAGAAAAGUAAAGAUUCGAAAGGAAAGGGAAAGGGAAAACAGGACGAGAAGAAGAAAGUAGAAACGAAAGGGAAGACAGAAGACGAAACAAAAGAUGCGAAAGGGAAGACGAAAACGUUGUUUACGAAGCCUAGCAAGCCGAUUUUAUUCGGUUCUGUUCGCGAUAAAACGAAGUGGUUUUUACAAAGGACUAAGAGUACGGAGUUGGAGCCGCCGAAAGAUCCGGCGCCGAGCACCAGUGCCAGGAAGUGGAGCAUUCCAGAUAGCGGAAGUAAAGUUAGUUCUGGUUCCGCCGAAGCGUCUAGUUCCGGUUCCGGGAAGAGCCAGCAAGCUAAUGGAAAUCAGGAGAAAUCGCAAACUGACAUGUCCGAAAAUCCUGCCGUAUCCCAUGCGCUGCAUGAAACAAUCUGUAACCUUGGCAUCAAUGCCCAGGCCCCCUGGCGGUCGCCACCGUUACGAAACUGGCAACCGGACGAAACUCUGAUCGUAAUACGAGAAGAACAGUUUUCGACGUAUAAUGUUUGGCAGUUUAGUGAAACUGGUGUCACGUGAUGGGAUGGGUAGCUAGUGCAUGGCUGAUGCGUAGGGCAUUGCGCUGGCAAGAUCAAAAUUCCAAAGAUGAGGAGGAUACAGUUCUAGACGCGCCGCUAGGCGUCACUACUGUUGUGGGUCAACAUAGAAUGUGGAACCGGGCUCGGCAGACGGACGAUGCAUUCCAUUUCCUGGUGCAAUACGACAUCUUCUACGCGAUACGACUUCCCAACUGUCUAUUUACUGGACAUGCGGCUUCCCUACUGGUCAUGCAGUUUCACUGGCUCCAUGCCGGAACUCAAUGCUGACUUCCUACUCUUUCAUAUUUCAUAUAAAACGCAUAUCUUCCUUUCUGACUGGGACAGGGGCUUGUUAAGGCCGCCUUCCUUUCUCUAUACAGAGAACCUCAAUCACCGCCAUCUUGAUUUUGAGAUUUUGCCCCGUCCAUGUUACUGUCUCGCUUGACGUUGCUCAGUGGCUCUUGCAAUGACAUUGUUUGUACAUGGUAGUACUAGCAGUGUUCUAUUGGCCACAACUAUCUGUAACCUCGAAUCAAAUCAUAAAAUACGAUCUCGAAACAUUUAGAAAUUCGAACAUCAAAUGCAGAGGACUAUAGCGAAAGAUGGUUUGUGGGCGUGAUGAUGAGAAUAGUUACUUGACGUUGAUUGGUGCAUUAUUUAAUAAUACGUUUCGUAUGAUUUGUUUACGAUGGUUAAGUUUUCCAUUGUCGCAACCAGAAGUAAUCCAGACGGGUGUAUCAUCAUAUUGUAGAGAGCUCCUUCUGGUUGCGUUAUUAUUUUGUUGUACAGACAAGAGUCCAGCAAAAUUCAAGACUUGCUGGAUAUUUGUUAAUUUUUCGUUAUUUAUGAUGUUAUUUUCUUCCUCGUUUAGCUAUCAAGUUCCUUUUUCUCGUAUCUUAUAUUUUGAAUCUGUUUUUGUCUUUUUGACACUUGAUUGUUUUUGCACAAAUUAGAACGGACGAGAAUACGUAUGUCAUGCCGAGGGAGCAGAAAUCGCCCCCUGGCCGCCCCUGGAGUCUAGCCGUAUAUUCGUAAGCAGCACUGAAUUCGAACCUAGGGCUUGAUUACCUAAGGUAUACCUUUCAGAUCCCGUCACACAUUGGGAACUUCAUAAAUUCGUUAAUUGUCUUCGAGUUUCGUUUCAUUUUCAUUUCGACUUUUUCAAAGUCAUGUUUGUUUCGUAACAAACCGCCUAUAAAAUCAUGACAUUUUGCUUCUAAACCUCACACCAUGCGGUUUUCCUGUCCGCUUCCUUGUAACAAAAGAAGCAAACAGAACCGAAUGGAACGAGGUUCGUUUUUCGGCCAUUUUGAAAGAUGGCUGAUUAACAGCUCAUCAGCAGAAAACUAUGAUUUUCGAGUUUUCUUUUGUGUUUCAUCAAACCGGUGUAAUAAUCUCCAAAUCAUAUCACCCACGAUAUCUCUCCUAAGGCAUGACAUACAUUUUAUUGUCCUAGAAAUUCAAAACUGAUGAAGUUGUCGCCCGUUUCUAAGGUUCAGCGAAGUCCUUUCUAGGACCAUUUUCAUCGCAUCUGACCCUUUGCCAUUCUUGCAUUUGCUGAGUGGAAACUAUGAGCGCAUUUACCUCACGCACUACAGUCAUCACGACUACUACCCUAUCGUAACGAUGGCAACAGAAACGGAUGCAAUGAAAGUCAAGGGCAAGGGAUUUCGUGGCAACAGCAAACGGACAAAUGUGGAACCUCGUCUGCUGACGAGGGGUGUUUCUUGAAUUUCUGGAUGAGGUUGAGUUUUCGGAGGGGGCUUCGGAAAGAAACACGUGCAGGAACAAUACAAGACAAAUGUGUCCCGAGUUUUGGAGGUGUUGGAGUAAUCUGCACAGUUUUCUCACUCUUAGGCUAAAAGCGUGCCUCAGUAGGCGGCUCCAACAUCGACCAGGCAGCAGUCUUGAGCAAGGCAUGAGUAAUGCAAAUUUACUUCAUUGGUUCGAACGCUUCCCGCGAGGGGCAGUAAGUGUCGGCAUCCGGCUGCAAGCCUGACAGUAUCGACGAUGUUGACGCCGUUUCCUGAGCCUCGGCUCUGUUAAAAGUAGUAGACAGCAAAUAGUUUUGGCGUCUUCGAAUGAAAAUAUCUCGAAGGAAGAAUGUACACAUUUGUUAAUUUACGACGCUUUGUAGUAAAUGUAGAUAAAGUUGUACAGUCAUAUUGCAUGCGUGGUUGAUUUUUAUUCGGUUGUUUACGUGGUAAUAGGCAAAGAUAUGGUAUGACUAUGUUAUGAUCGCGAUGACUGUCAAAAAUUAGGCAAUAACGUCUGAUUUAUCAGACGCGUACGGACAUUUUGUAAAAUUUGUGCACACGAAAAUGUCCAUGUCCCUUUCAAAGAUGUUACGCCCAACGAUACCGUUAGCAGUAUGUAGACUACUAUAUCAUGUGUUGGACUAUAUCGCAAAGUUAUUACACGUGACCGCCACAAUGGCAAUUCUAUACAAGCUCGAAUGAUAAUUGAAGUAAACCGGAAUGACCACUGCGCAUGUGCUUGCAGCUAAUUGACAGGUGUUUGGAAAUAGUUUUUCUAGUGUAAAUUCAAAAUCAGAAUGAAAUAUACAAUAAAUAUCAUGUAUAUGAACAAA